AGGAGAGGAGGGAUUACCCUGACCUUUUUCAACUCACACUGCCUCAGACGGCCACCAAGCAGCUGAGGAGAGAGCAGCCAGACGGACCCAUCAUGUCCGACAAACCAGAUUUUGCAGAAAUUGAAACGUUUGACAAGACCAAGCUGAAGAAGACAGAAACCAGAGAGAAAAAUCCCUUGCCCACUAAAGAGACUAUUGAACAGGAAAAGCAAAGCGAAAGUACAGCCUGAGUGUAAAGUUCAAGAUGUGACUGCUGCUUCUUCAGUGGGGUUUUGGCUUCUGAGUUGGGUUGCUGUUUUGUUUCGUCCUCCCCAGCCCUUGUUUGUUUCCCAUUUGUUUAAGGAAGCAUUUGUUCAUUUAAUGUUCCCUGGAGAAGUUUGUUUUGUGUUUGUUGAAGAAGAUACUAUGUGUUUGUAUUCUUAAAACUGUAAUUCCAAGUUCUGUGUGGACCCCAUUACUUGCCAAAAAAAGCAAUUUGCAUAGAAAAUUGUUUUCCUAAACCUCACAAUAAACAGGUUUCUUCUGA